AUGGCUUCCAGCAGUAGCAACAAUUUCCGCAGCAAAAGUCACAGCCUAACACAUGUGCCGCAAUGCCGCCUGAGAACGACGACCACGACUUCAGAUGGAGGUUGUGAGCGAAGCCAGAAGGAAUGCUACUAUUAUCAACCACCUACCUCCCAACUUCAACUCCAAGUUCAGCAACAGCAACAGCAACUGCAACUGCAACAACAACAGCAGGAACAGCAACAACAGAACCAACUUCAGCAACAGCGGCAUCAUCAGUGCUGGCCAAGUUGGCAGUUUGGCCAAUGGCUGAGCGCAAUGACCGCCUAUCGAUUGCUGACAAUCAGCCUCCUAAUUGGAAUUCUGUGUCUACAUCACGUUCACGGUGUGGAUCCCAAAUUCGAUCCAUCCACGCGCAUGCGACUCGUACUUGUGCCGGCCGACGCACAGGUCGGCUCUGUAAUCUAUAGAUUGCGUGCAACUGACGAGGAGUUCGACUAUCCACUGACCUUUGAGUUUAUGGGCGAUGCAUCGUCGUCCACCGUCAAGGUGGAAUCGCUUCCAUGCACCAAGUACAAUUCGGUCUGUCAGGCAAAUGUUAUACUCCAACGUCGCCUCGAGCCUGGCCGCUACUAUGACUUCCAGGUCUCAGUGAAGGACACAAAUGGUGGCAUAGCCAUGCAAUUGUGUUCAAUUACGGCAACCAAUUUCAGCACACCCCAUGACCUCAUAUUUCCACACAAACCCGGCAUCAUUAUGAUACCCGAGGAUGCCAAGCGAGGCACAGAACUCGAUUAUGUGAUUGCCCGAAAGAAUCCGCUUUAUCAAAAACCAGUCUACCUCGAGCUAUGGGGUUCUCCGUUAUUUGCCAUAAGACAAAAGAUAAUAUCAACUGAGACAACGGAAGGUACAGUUUUCCUGCUGGGUCCUUUGGAUUUUGAAAAACAAGCCAUGUACCACUUGACAAUUCUGGCUAAUGAUGCAUAUGCCGAACCUGGACAGGAUGGUCGCAAUAUUGCUGGCAUGGAAAUUGUUGUCAUUGUUCAAGAUGUACAAGAUCAACCUCCGGUUUUUACACUCGCACCACCUGUUACAAAACUGCCACCUGGUAUACUUCCAGGCGAUAAGAUAUUGCAAGUUCAUGCGGAGGAUGGCGAUAAGGGAAAUCCCCGGGAAGUGCGUUAUGGCUUAGUGUCGGAAAACAAUCCUUUCACAUCUUUUUUUGAUAUCAAUGAUACAAGCGGUGAAAUUUUCUUAAUGCGACCUCUGGAAGAUAUUGCGGCCAUAACGCAUGUGGGCGAUCCCGUCUUGCUCACGGUAAUUGCGGAAGAAGUUAAGGUUGGUCGUGACGAACCUCCAGCCAUGGCAUCCACAGUGCAAUUGGCGUUCUUUCUGCCGGAACGUACAAAUUCGCCGCCUUACUUCGAGAACGAUCACUACGUCUCGAGGGUGGACGAGAAUGCCCCUCAGGGUACAGCUCUGACGUUCGUCGAUCCAUAUGUGCCGCGUGUAUAUGACGAUGAUACUGGCAAGAAUGGCGUCUUCUCGCUGACAUUGCUUAACAAUAAUGGAACAUUUGAGAUUACACCCAAUGUGGCUGAGCGCAGUGCAUCGUUUCUCAUUCGAGUGCGGGACAACUCUUGGCUGGAUUACGAGCAACGGCAUUCAGUACAGUUCAAUGUACUUGCCCAGGAGCUGGGACCUGCCACAAAUCUAUCGGCGAUCGUUAAUGUUACCGUCUACAUCAAUGAUGUUAACGACAACACUCCGGUAUUUGAUCAGCCAGCCUAUACGGUUGAGUUGCCGGAGAACAUGACGGUGGGCACAAAGGUUGUUCAAGUACAUGCAAAUGAUUUGGACUCGGGUUUGGGUGGCAAAGUUCGUUACACUGCCAUAUUGGGAUACCUGAACACCUCACUUAAUUUAAAUGCCGAAGACGGUAUGAUCACGGUGUCGACCAACAGCCAUGGCUUCGAUCGCGAAGUUAUGCCUGAAUACCAUUUGUAUGUGGAGGCCAGAGACAUGGAUGGUAAUGGGAAUCGAGCACAGGUGCCGCUCAUUAUCAAGCUAAUCGAUGUUAACGACGAGGUGCCCAUCUUCGAUAAGGAUCUCUACGAGUUUAUACUGGCAACCGAUCUGCAGAGCUUCACAACCAACGCCUUUAUACAUGCCACCGACAAGGAUGCCACAGCACCGAACAACGUUGUUCGAUACGAGCUAAUCAAUGGCAACUAUGACAAUAAUUUCGUCUUGGACAAAGUGACUGGAGAGUUGACAGUUCGCGAGAAGAUCAAACUGCGUUCCAAGAAGCAGAUCAGCGAACGAAGGCGACGAUCUGCAGUUUCCGAUGAUGAUGGAGAUCUUUUUAUACUGACAGCUAGGGCCUACGAUCUGGGAGUUCCUGUUCGUUUUUCGACCACAAUUAUACGCAUUUAUCCGCCGGAAAGUAGAAAGCGCACUGUGACUUUUGUUGUACCUGGACUCAAUCCAGACAAGCGCAAGACAGAGGAAACCCUAUCUGCCAUAACGGGAGGCAAGGUUUUCAUACAUGAGAUACGUCCGUUGAAACCGGAAGAACCUGGAGCUAAAGACAUACCCAAUGGUAAUCCAAACAUCAAAGAAAGGAGUGUCGUCACCGCAACUGUUCUCUACGACAGCUCAUCUGUGGUGGACAUCUCGCAGAUCCAACAACGACUCUCACAGCACAACAACUCAUACGCGAUCAUGCCACAGGAUACGGCAGAAACAGACAAUCUCACUCCCUUGCAGACGCAGUACAAGGCCGAGAAUAAAGUCCUUUUUUGGCUGCUCAUUCUUUUGGCCACAUUGGUUGCCCUGACAAUCCUGAUCCUGCUGCUUUGUUGCAUUUGCUCGUGGUGUCCUCUCUAUGGUGCAACAACCAAAAGAAUAGUUAAUAUCAGUAAAACUGAAGACGAUGUACAUCUAGUGCAUAGGGAAAUGGCAAAUGGAAAACAAACAAAAUCUGUUCAGGUCGCAGAGUGGAUGGGAAGAAGAGAGGCGUGGUCAGCGGAGAAACCAUCAGAUACACGAACGAAGCCAACACGCUGGGAGUUCCGGGAUGGUCGUGAACAGUCUGACGAAAACGUAGAAAUGCAACACGCUGGAAUUGAUAACGAUCAUGAUAACAACGCUAUGCAUCGUACCCAAUCAGCUGAAUAUCAACAAAGACGCGUUCGCAUUAAAAAUAACCGCACAGCCAAAGAAGAGCCUCAUCUUAGUUUCCAUAACUCUAGAACUAAUUUAAUUAACGAUCGUGACGUUUACAUUGAAGACGUAUUGGAUGAUCAGCACCUGGAUGAGAUCAAAGAGAACUUUACUCGCGGCAAAGGCAACAGAAAUUUGGAGCAUUCUCGACUGAAAAACUAUGACACGGAAACUCGACAUAUUGACGAUGAUUCAAUGCGAAGGCAUGAAAUAGAGAGGGGAAGCGAUAUCGAUUUACAUACUGCACAAAACAGUCUCAAGAAUAAGCGGGAACUCUUCAUUAAAGACGGAAAUGUCGAGAUACUACAGUUAAUGACCAGGGAUAAAACUCGAGACGGUCCUGGAAUGGAUGAGGAUAAUAUAUAUGUGAAUGUUCCAAUGAAAUCAACAGAUCUCACACAUCCACAACUAUUAAUGGUCGACAAUACGGGCAAGGAGAUACUAAUGCGAAGAUUCAUUGAAGAGCAACCGGAUGGAAAGCAGAUAAUACGAGAGCAUUAUCAUAUUGUACCAGGCGCAACUUAUAUUCAAUCGAUGCCAAAUGAAGUCCAACAGGGGUCAACACUCAAGGGUGAUACGUUUCCCUUUGGUAAAUCGGGACCAAAUAGUAUUGUCUAUUCACAAACAGAACCGGAGGUGAAAGUCAUACAUACCCAGUCAGUUCAGGGGGCAGAAGGGGCAUCUCAAAUCCAGCCUGCGAUAUCGAAUCAGUCACUUACCCAGGAGCUAGAGAAUUCGUUGAAGCAACAAAACGCUCUGUUGCGACAGAUCCUGAUGGAGAAGGAGAUGCUGGAGACGAGGUAUACUCAGCAUGAGCUAGUUUUAGAAACACAAAGUCUUCCAGGUCAAUCGAUGGCCAUCGGGACACAAACGGACUGCGAUGCAGGCACACAAACUGAACCAGCUGAGAGCUAUACCGAAAGGACCACGGUCAGUUCACAGGCCCAAGUGGGAACGUCUCGUCGACGAGCCCGUAGUGAGAAUGAUGACUCAAUGUCCGAGGAUGAGUACAGAUAUGUGCGCUUUAGUCCACCAAACAGUCCCGAAGGAGUCUAUUGGAUCAAGCGUCGUCGUCCCAAAAAGCGAUCUAGGCUACGGGGCAACUCACAGCCGGGAAAAAGAAUCGUCAUGGUCGAAGAUGUUAAGCGAAAGAUACGAACACCCAUUAAGGAGGAGGAAGAGGUAUACGAGAGAAAGAGAAUUCCACCCAAAAAGCCGUUAAGGGAAACUAAAACAAGUAUCCUACGCAAGCAACUGAGCGAUGAGAGUCGGAAGAACGAAGGAUCCUCACACAUUGAAUCCAAUGGAAGUCACAGGCACAAAUCGGAAGCUUUAAGUCGUGAGGUAUUAAUGGAAAUAUCGGAUUCUCUAGAUGAUGCCGGAAGUCCCAGAAGACAUAGAUCGCGCAGUAUACCCGUUCAACAGUACUAUAAUAAUUCUGAUGGGGAAGUCGAUGAAAACGAAACUGAAUACUCCAUUGACUCGGAUGACGAUGAGAUUGUUAUUAGAACAAAUGGAAACUCAACUGUUUAUGCCCAUGAAAGAUCAGAGGUUUACGCUAAAAAGUCAAGAGAUUCCGGGCACUCUGAAAUGCAUCAGAAGCACAGUGUAUCCAACCAAAAUAAAGGCAUCAGCAGAAGAUCACCAUCGGAGUCACGCAGGGAAAUCGAACCGGAGAUUAAGCCGAGACUAUCACGUCGAGACAGUUCAAGGCGUAGCCAUAAUUCCCGAAAACAAACAUCCUCAGAGCCACCGCAAAGCCGAUUGUCAGUAUCGAAAUAUGAAAACACCAUGGAGGAUAAUGACAGGAAUGGUGGGGUCAGUAAUCAUCCAGCUGAGUUUUCUGGCUCGAAGCGUUCUUCCAACGAGCGUUACUAUCAAAGCGAAACGGAGCUGGCUGGACACGAAGAACCGACCUCACGAAAUGUGCCCAAAUAUAUGGAAUGGUAUUAUGGUAAAAAGAAACCUUCCUUAAGCGGACGAACCUCGACAGAGUCAUCCAAGUCGCAGUUAUCGACCAAGAAGAAAGCCAAUGCAUCUGAGAAACGUGUGUCGAAGCCACGAGUGAGUGUAAGGUCCGAGGAGCCGACGCCAUAUGACGAGGGGGGCAAGUUCAAACCGGAACCAGCUCCGCGUAGAUCUCCGCCGAAGGGCAGCCGAAUGCUCAAAGAGGAUCGGGCCUUAAAUAAGCAACAUAAGCCUAAAAUAGAGACUGACACCAAUCAUCCGCUCGUGCAACACUCUGAGCAUCGAUUCGAACGCGAGAAUGCACCAGAUGUACCAGCACCACCCACCAAGUUGCCACAUUACAUGUAUCCGGAAACACCAACCUAUGCGGAUAAAGAUCAUUUUUCCCAGAGGCAGAAGUCUAAGCCGUCGCCCAUCAAGGAAAACGAAGUGAAAAUAACAAAAUCAAAAAUCAAUCUUAAUAUUGAUGAUCAUAGUGGAUCACAUGCCACAUCUCAUGCCCAAAAGCAGCUGAACGCAUCCACCCUGGAGGAUGAUCAUGACUCGGGGAUUGCAAUGAAUUCAUUAAUGAAUAGCAUGGGUCGUCGAAAUCCAAUUGCCGAAAAGAAAAGCGUUUUCUCGAUUGCCUACGACGAUGUCAGCCGUGUUAAGAAGAUCACUUCAGGUGGAGAGUCUCCCCAGUAUUCAUAAUGCUAUUUACGAUUAUCGAGCAUUUUGAAUUAACCAAUAUAUGUGAUAGCCUCUAAGGCUCGUUAAUCUUCAAGCAAACGAAUCGUCAUACGAUUUCAUUUGCCAACUAAAUAAACAAAUAGUUUUUGUGUCACAUACGCUUUAGCUAAAAUUUGACAUAAUCUUGUUGAGAUCGCUGCAAUUAGUUUUCAUGCACCGAAUACAUUUCGAGAUGUCUUCACAAAUGUCAAAUAGUUUUCAUCAGUUAUGGAAUAUCUUUAUCAAGCAUACACGAUUAAUGCUGAAGUUAAUUUUAAUCAUAUUGGUGUAUGCUGAGUAUUAUUUUUUCAUUGUAAAUAUUUCAUCUGUAAAUUUUAUAUUCAACAUUCUCUAUUUAUUCAAUUUUCUUAACCUAAAUUAUAUUCAAGUUCUUUUUUACCAACCGACCAAAAAUGACAACUAUUUUCUUUGAUUCUGAGGUCUAUUUCCACUUGAUUCCUAUGUAUUAUUAGUUAUGGCCUAAGUCCAGUAUAUAACCUAGCCAAAAUCCUUUAUUAGUUUUAUUUUAUUAAGUAACAAGAAUAUAUAUGAAGAUCAAAUAAUAUAUAAUUUGUACAUACAUAUGCAAGAGAACUGGUGCAAUCAACAUACUUAAGUAUUCGAAAGAUAUGUAAGAAUGUAAUUGUCAAGUGUGCUCGAAAACUUUACAAAAUCUUUAAAAGAAAAGUGCCUUAGGAUACACUUAGUCGAGCACUCUUUAGUGGCGCGUUCUUCCUAGCUUUACUCAGAUUUUUUUGACCGUUUGCAAUUUAUACUGAUAAGUCACCAGUUACCUUAAAGACAAGUCAUUCAUAUGUGCUAUUCCUAUUACAAUUCUUAUGUUUGUUGUUUAUAAGUCUUUAAUCCUCUUCUCGUCUCUCAAAUACAAAUAUAUAAAUGUUUAAAUUAUAACUGCCAUAUUGACGUAAAAUCAUCUACACAAUAUAAACAAUCAGUUGAUGUACUUGUAUAUAAAAUUAGAUCUUAAGAAAUAGUUAUUGGAACAAUAUUCUUGCCCUAAUGCUAAUGUAUAUAUAUAUAUGUAUUAAUACUUAAGCAAUAUAUUAUAACUGAAGCACCUGAUUUAUGAAAGAAAAUUAUAUGUGUCGGGUGAUGAAGUUAAAUAUAUAUGUAAAUUUAAGUAACUAUAAUAAGCAAUAUGUAAGAGUUAAAUCAAAUAUCUUGUGUAACGUUUU